AUGCCGAGUGCACGACGACGCAGGUUUUCCGUGCAGAAUGAAAUCGCGAAUCGAGAAAUCAUAAAAUCACAAAAUGAAACACAAAUAAGUCAACAUAAUUUAGAAGUAAAUUUACAAAAAAAUAGUGGCAAUGAUGUACGACUUAAAAAUAAACCUCAAGCAAACAAUUCCAAACAUUCGUCAUCUUCGAAAACAGUAACUGAAUGCAAAAGUAAAAGUUCUAUAAUAAAUGUCCAAGAGAACACUGCUAUAACAUCAGAUAAAGAAGUAACUGCAAGUUCAAGUAACAUUAAUCUUUUUACUAUUUUAAAUGAUACAAAUCAAUUGAACACUAAUAUGUCUAAAGAGAAUAUAAAUUUUAAUAACAAUAAAAGUAAGAAGAUGGAUAAUCUAAGUGCUCGGAGGGAUCGUACACCAAGACGUGAUAAACACCUACACCGUGUAAAGGUUAGAAGUCCGAAACGAAAGGCCCCGCCUAUCGAUAAAGAAAAUAAAAGAAGAUCAAUAGGUAUAAGUGUAAAUAUGAAUGAUUGGAAUGAAAUACACAAUAAAAGUGAAAUAGAGAUACAAAUUACACAACAAGUCGUAGAAGUUGGUGAAAAUACGGAAGAGGAAGAAAGAACAAGCAAUAAUUCUGUUGAAGAUAUGUGCCGGAUUUGCCACAGCGGAGAAGCUGUUUCGGCUGAUCUUGGUGAUCUUUUAUCAGCAUGCUCUUGCAGAGGGACUAUAGGAAGAGUUCAUGUGAAAUGUUUGGAACAUUGGCUAACUGAAUCUGGUAAAUCUAGAUGUGAAUUAUGUGGAACUAAAUAUGUAACUCGACGCGUCCAUCGAUUUGGAGUUUUGAAGGCUUUGAUUAUUUGGGUACUCAGUCACAAUUCAAAACAUAUGAUCGUCGACUUCCUUGGAAUAAUGAUAAUGACACCGAUCGCCUUGGUCGCAGCUGGCUUAACGGGAAGGACGUUUGCCGGUCUGAUGGCGCAGGAUCAUUUGACGCCAUGGCCAUUAGCUUCUACAUUUGUUCUUGCGUGUAUGACUCUCGUAUGCUAUUACUGCUGGGUGGUAUCAGCUCUGACUCGUCAUGCACUCGGAUGGUGGAUUUGGUAUCGAUCCCAUUACGAAGUGAGACUGCAGUUGCGACAAGAAAACGAAGAAUGAACAACGUAACUAAAUGAAACGAAAAAUCCAAAGCGAAUCGUAGUCAUUUACGUCACAUUUACUGUGUUAAAACAUUUUAAGAAUAAUUAUCUCCUAUCCUAUACCAUAUGAAGACAAGUGAAAAUUAUGAAAAAAUUAAAAACUCAUAAUGCAUUGCAGUGAUUCAUUUUUAUGAAAAAAACAUACGAACUCUCCAAUCCUCAAAUUUAUUUCCGGGUAAUGUACGAAAUUUAAGUAAAAUAAAAAAAAUUCAAUUUAA